AAUCCCAAAUGUGGUGAACAGGGAAUCUUCUGUGUAGUGCAGAAUAAUUCAGCCAAGCUAUUGCAGAAAACCUUACCAUGCUCUACUAAGGCAUCUAAAUGUAGCAGGUGUAAGGAUGAGAAGCCUAAAUUACUUUUUCCCUUGUUUCAGGUGAUCGCAGUGCCACAAUGUGCUCUCUCAGCGCAGCCAAUGCCAAGUUCUGUCUUGACUUUUUCAGAGAGCUGAACAAAAGAAAAAGAAAUGAAAACAUCUUCUUCUCCCCACUAAGUCUGUCAGCUGCCUUUGGAAUGGUUGUCCUCGGAGCCAGGGGCAACACACUGGAACAGAUUGAGAAGGUAUUUCAUUUCAGUGAAGUUUUGAGCAGUGUGGGACAGAGCAACAGAGACCCUUCUGAGAAGGUCCAGCUUUGCAUAGGAAAGCUCAAGCCUACUAUGAAACGUCUGUUUUCUUGUUUGAAGUGUGAAGAAGCUGAAGGAGUCCAUUCCCAGUUCCAGGCACUGUUGGCUGAAGUCAGUGAACCCAGUCCAGGAUGUUGUCUCACCAUUGCCAAUAGGCUCUUUGGAGAAAUUACUUACCCGUUCUUCCAGCAAUACUUGGAUUCUACAAAGAAAUUCUAUCGAGCAGAACUGGAACCAGUCAAUUUUAAAUACACUGAAGAAGUAGUCAGAGAAAAAAUUAACUUCUGGGUGGAAAAUGAGACAAAAGGUAAAAUCAAAGACCUAUUUGCUACUGGUUUUAUUGAUCCCUCUACUGUACUUGUCCUGGUCAAUGCUAUGUAUUUUAAAGGAAAGUGGGCAGUAGAAUUUAAGAAAGAAGACACUAAGGAAGCAUAUUUCCAUCUGAACAAGAAUGAGAGUAGGACAGUGCAGAUGAUGUUUCAAGAAGGAUAUUUUAACAUGGCCAUCUUAGAAGAACCGAAAAUGAAAGUCAUAGAGCUCCUAUACUUUAAUAAUGAACUGAGCAUGUUCAUUCUUCUUCCUGAAGAUGACUGUGAGGGCUUUACUGGCCUAGAACAGCUUGAAUGUGCCCUCACCUAUGAAAAACUGGCAGAAUGGACCAGCUCUGCUAGGAUGGAACCGCUGAAAGUGAAGGUAUACCUGCCUCAGUUCAAGAUGGAAGAAAGUUAUGUUCUCAACAAAACUCUUCAGGAGAUGGGAGUAAUGAAUGUUUUUGACUGGGGAAAAGCUGAUUUGUCAGGAAUCUCUAAGAAAGGUGGCCUGGUUGUGUCCAAGGCCAUCCAGAAGACAAUUGUGGAAGUCAAUGAAGAGGGCACAGAAGCAGCCUGUGCCACAGGGCUUCUUGCAAUGCCUCUGUGUUGCCCACUUACUUAUGAGUUCAAAGCUGACCGUCCAUUCCUCUUCUUCAUCAGACACAACCAAACUAACACUAUUCUCUUCUUUGGAAGAUAUUGUUCUCCUUAAGUGGAGGAAAUUAGAUCUUUCUCUGUGCUUACAUCCAAACUGGCAAGCGGUAAGGGCAAAAGACAAAACAAAAGACAUUUCUCUUGGCUUUAUCCUAAAGUUUAAUUUGCUAUUAAAAAGACUAACUGAGAAGAGCCAAAUUAAAGAUAAAAACUAAAAAACAUGAACUUCAGGUGUGUCUUACUUUUAGGAGGCCUAACUAAAAUAUGUACCUUAAAAUACGCUAUGUGAUAUUUGCCAAAGAACUGUAGGCCUCUAGAGAUGUCUGCAUAGAAAAUCUUAUUUCGAGGCUUUCCUAGUGCACUCUGGAUGCAAUAAACCCAUGAUUGUAGUGCCCUAAAGAUAACAGAUAUAUUCACUCACAUGUAGCAGACAGGAAGACAGGGAUCUACAUUAAAAGGAUAAUCUUAGAUCCUUGGUCUCUUUUAGCUUUACCUACCCAACCUUUGUAGGCCUGAAGGAAAAUGACAAUUUGUAGGGAAGUAGCAAAGUAUUCCCGUGGGACCUCCCUUUUAAAUGUUGAUUGAUUUUAAGCUGGAACUCUCAGGAUUUGUUCCCAGAGACCAGAGAAAACAGAAGAUUUUCUGGUGUAAUUUUGCUUGUUUUCAAGCAGGGCAGAACCACUGUUAUUUUUUUUUCUAUUAAAACCCCUGUAUGUGUGAGAAAAUUCUCCAACUUUUUCAUAAACUUCCAUGUAACAAAAACAGAGUUUCAGAGUAAUGGAUUUCUCACAAGGCCUGCUCUGUGAUGGCUGGGAAUGAGACACAUAAUUCCCACAGAAAACUUUAAGUAGUGAUCAGCUAUUCUCAUUUCUAUAAAACAGCUCUAUUUGUGCCUCAGAUAUUGUGAGUUUCUUGUUCCAGCUUUUUUAUUCAUCAUUAACAUAAAAAAAAAUUAAAAAAUCUGUAGUGAUGGUAUUUAGAUGGGUGGCCUGUGUCUGCUAGAUUUAUCAUAAUAAAACCACUGCAAACCAAAUAUUAAAUGUAGUAGUCUGCAGAAUUAAGUGGACAGAGGAAUAGUCUAAUAUAACAAGUAAAAAUAAUAGUAAUCCUUUAAAAAACGUAAAUGAUGCUGAAGUCUACCUCCCACUUUUAAAUAUUUGUCAUCCUGAGUUUAGGCACUGAACAAUUUGACAUUAGGAUAUGUAAACCCUGAACCUCACCUAAUGCUUCUCUCUCACAUUGAUUUUACCACAGAAUUGAAAGCAUCCUUUUAAGACGUGGCUGAGCCAGUCUAAUGCCUCUGAGAAGGAGGAGAAUGCUUUACCUCCUUACUUUGUUCUGUGUGUUUCUGUUCCCUCCCUUAUGCCACCACUGUUAUUUGCCUGACUUGAGGAUGAGCAGUUCUCUGGGAUGUAAAUGAAGGGGAAAAUUUUUGGUAAAGCUAAUUUACUUGCUGAUGACCUACUUCCCUAAACCACCUCCUGGGUGUUGUGGCGUAAGUGGUGGGAAGGCAUAGCACGGGGUUACAGACAAGAGAGCAGCCUGCCAAGUUUGGCAGUAGGCAAUGUCCAAAAUCCACAGAUAUAUGAAAAAUACUUGCUUUUAAAGGAAAAAUAUUCCACCCCUUUGAUGACUCACUUCUCCUUUUCCUGUUAUUCACUGAUGGGAAGAAAGUAAACGCUGCGAGCGUACUACUGCCAUUUCAGAACUGCAGAUUCAAAGGGCUCUUCCAAAUGCUGAGAUAUGCAGGAAAAAUUACAGUAAAUUACGCUACUCCACACAUUGAAUUGCUAAAUAAAGUAGACCCAUUACAGUCUGUGGAGAUACCUCAUAUGGCUGCAACUGAAUUAUGAAAUACAGCCUGAAAUACUAAAAUUACCUGUAGAGGCACAGUUGUCAUAUCAAUUAAGUGAAGAUAACACAAAUCACAGGCUGUUGGCUCUUCUGAUAAAUAAACUAUGCAAAAAAUAGCUGCGCAUGUUUUUCAAUGACUGCAAUUGGUAUUUUGUGUAUAUCUGGUUUGUCUCCAAUAGGAACCACUUAGGUUAAAAGAAAAAAGAGUGAAAUGAACAGUGUUAGAAUUUAUUAGCUUGCAUGAUCAGGCCUAUAAUUUUUCAGAUAAAAUGUAAAAGAAAAACAAUUACUGGUAUGUGUGAUAAAGGUGUGUCCUUUAACAUAUUAUCCUGAAGAGCACGAGUCUCACAACAGGAAAAGGAAUUUUGUGUGAGAGCAAAGAAGAAGGUGUGUCUGUAAUGAGGGUUGUCACUUAAUUUACUACAGCAGAAAUAU